GGUGUCCCGGUGUGAUCUGUGCUCUCGCUUAGUUUACUGAUUAGGCCAGCCAGCGCUUUGGGUGCUGCCCACAACCGCAUUUCAGCCGGAACGUCACUUCCGCCACCCUCUCUCGCUUCCAUCUUGCUCUCCGCGUGUGUUGGCUGCUAGCGUGCAGGUCAGUGAGGAGCCAUAAAAUACUCUAUUUCCUGCACAGACACUUCCAGCUCCGAGACAAGAGAUGAAAGAAACGAUAAUGAACCAGGAGAAACUCGCCAAACUACAGGCACAAGUCCGCAUCGGUGGAAAGGGAACAGCCCGCAGAAAGAAGAAGGUUGUCCACCGAACGGCCACCGCCGAUGACAAGAAACUCCAGUUCUCUCUCAAGAAAUUGGGAGUCAACAACAUCUCUGGCAUUGAAGAGGUGAACAUGUUCACGACUCAGGGGACAGUCAUCCACUUCAACAACCCCAAAGUUCAGGCUUCCCUGGCAGCCAACACCUUCACCAUCACCGGUCACGCCGAGACCAAGCAGCUCACAGAGAUGCUGCCAAGCAUUCUCAACCAGCUCGGUGCCGACAGCCUCACUAGCUUGAGGAAGCUCGCCGAGAACCUGCCCAAACAAGUUGGGGAUGGUAAGGCACCGAUCGCCGGAGGAGAGGAAGAUGAUGACGACGUUCCAGAUCUCGUGGAGAAUUUCGACGAGGCGUCGAAGGACGAGGCUGUCUAAGGGGGAACAGACAAACACACAGGACCUUCGCUCUCCGCUAGCUGAAGUGGGACGACAACAUUAUUUUUGUUUUCCUUUUAUAUUUACAAAAAAAAAAUGCCAAUCCACUCCACCGCCUCCUUCCCAAAACUCUGCUUGCUAAUCUAGUGCACUGCUGUUCCCUGUGGCCUGUCUGAUGGUCGGAGGUGUGUGUGUGUUGUGUGUCCUGUCGGGAGUGGAGGUGUGUGUGUGUGUGUGUGUGUGUGUUUGGCGAGUGUGGAGAGUUUGAGCUGAUCCUGGCUGUUUCUCCUGUGUUACUGAGGCCUACUCCUUUGCAGUCAUGGCUGAAAUGAAACAUGCAUACCUGGAAUAAAUGUUUGCUAUCAAAAAAAAAAA